UGUAAACGAGUGAUGAGGCAAAGAAUGACCGAGAAAAAUGGAGUCAACAAAAGUAGAGCAGUUUGUCGGGGUGAGGUACUUGGAGAGGAAGUUAACGCGGGAAGAAAUUUCUCGGAAGUUUAAAGUAGAUCCUAUGCAAUGUGGAUAACGCGUGUGCAUAACUUGUUUGGUUAACUAGGGUGGGUUUGUGUGUUUUUUGGAGCGAUUCAUGUUAUGGGAAUGGAAACGUUCACAGGAGCUGUUGCCGGGGCUGUGAUUCAAGAAGGGCCGAAGCAGGUUGCAAGAUUGGUCAAGAAGGGUUUGAACUUCAGAGAGUCACGCAGAAACCUGGGAUCCACUGUGCAUCAUGCGAUUCCCGUGGCCCAAGAAAUUGAACGCCUUGACCAGGAACUGGGACGCUCAGAGGCAGAAAGAGCUCCUCUCUUGGAAGUUCUGCAAGAGGGAGAAAAACUUUUCAACGCACGCUCCAAUGUACCCUGGUGGCUGUGUUGUUGCUUGCCCUUUUUCCAGACCCAACUUGAAGAAGCGUUGGAGGGAGUGACCAGGUCCAACGUUAAUCUGUUGCCUCUGGUGGCAAGGGAUACCCAAGAAAUCCUUUUGUUGUCGAGGAAUAGUGUUCGUGGGAAAGGGUUGAAGAGGUGGUUGAAGCCUCCUCCUAAACCGGAUCUAAUUGUUGGAUUAGAUAACCCUUUGUCCCAUUUUAACAAGUUGAAGAAGCAGUUGCUACAAACGGGUAAUUCGGUACUUGUGUUAUCUGGUCUUGCUGGUUAUGGAAAGACAACAUUGGCUACACUCCUAUGUUGGGAUGACCAUGUUAGAGGUAAAUUUGGGGAAAAUAUCUUGUUUAUCACUGUGUCCAAAACUUGUAGUUUGAAGACAAUUGUGCAAUCACUGUUUCUUCAACACUACGGGUUAGUUGUGCCUGACCUUGACCUUGGUAAUGAUAGAUGUGCCAUUUCACACUUGAAAAUUUUGGCGGAGGAGAUUAUGAAAAGUCCCAUGUUGUUGGUCCUUGACGAUGUUUGGCCUAACUCAGAAUCCCUCAUCGAGGCAUUCAAGGUUCACGGGUUGUCAGAUUAUAAAAUUUUAGUGACUUCUCGAUUUAAUGUUCAAGGAUUUGAACCUGCAUGCCGCAUGGAGCCUCUUUCCUUUGAAGACUCGGUAACCCUUUUGCAUCACUUAGCUCUCCCAAAUGACGGAAGAUCAUCAUCCCUUUCUGAUGAUUAUGAAGAGAAAGUUGAUUUGAUUCCACAGAUAGCAAAAGCCUGUUACGGUUCACCACUUGCUCUUGAACUGGUUGGUGGAUCUCUCAGGAAAGAGCGUCUGAAUGUGUGGAGACAGAAGAAGAAGAAAUUGUCCAAGGGUCACCCUAUUGUUGAGUCUCAUACUGAAAUGCUCGCCAUUUUCAAAAAAUAUUUGGAUGAUGGAUUGGAAGAUAAGCCUAUCAUCAAAGAGUGCUUCAUGGACUUAAGCUUAUUUCCUGAAGACCAAAAAAUACCCGUUUCUGCUCUCAUUGACAUUUGGACAGAACAGCAACACAAACUUGGUGGUGAUUUGGAGCAAAGACAAAAUCUGAAGGAAGCAGAUGCAGUCAACAUUGUCUACGACUUAACCGACCGCCAUUUGGCUAACCUUGUCGUGAGGAAUGUUGGAAUUGACAUAGAUGAUUACUGCAACCACCGUUUCUUAUUGCAGCAUGAUCUUAUUAAAGAGGUGGUUGAAGCCAGUCAAGAACCAUAUACACAAAGGAAAAGGUUGAUGUUUGACAUGAAUGAAAAUAAUUGGUCUCAACAGAGGCAACAAAAUACGGUUGCGACCACAUUGUCUAUAUCAACCAGCAAAAUGUCGAGUACAGAACGUUUGGACAAUAUUGUAAAGGUUGAAGUAGUUCAGGUUCUGGUCUUAAAUCUUCGUACAAAGGAGUACACCUUACCAGAGUUUAUAAGAAAAAUGAAUGAACUAAAAGUUCUCAUAAUCACCAAUUAUUUUGAUUUAAACUGUUCGCUAAUCAAUUUUGAGCUAGUUGGUUCUCUAUCCAGCCUAAGAAGAAUCAGAUUGGAACGAGUUUCAGUUACUACCUUCGGCAAAUGGUACAAUCUGCGAAGAUUGUCUCUUUAUCACUGUAACACUAGAGAGGCUUUUGAAAGCGACAGCAUUCCAAUUUCUGAGGCACUGCCAAAUCUUGUGGAAUUGUGUAUUGAUUAUUGCAAAGAUUUAGUGACACUACCCACCGGAUUGUGUGAUAUUACUCGGAUCAAGAAGCUUAGUAUCACGAAAUGCAUGAAUUUUAUUGCUUUGCCUAACGACAUUGGAAACCUGGAGAACUUGAAGACACUAAGACUUAGUUCCUGUGCUGUGUUUGAAGAGAUACCAGCUUCAAUUGGGAAGCUUUUUCAGCUGCGUUUUCUUGAUAUCUCGGGCUGCGUAAGUCUUCAGAAUUUACCCGAAGAAAUUGGAGACUUGCAGAAUCUGGAAAGGCUUCACAUGGUUGGUUGUCCAUGCAAAAUACCUUCCUCAGUGAGUGGUCUUGAGAAUUUAAAGAAUGUAAGAUGUGACGAAGAGACUGCUAUACCUUGGAAAGAAGUUUACAAGCCUAACCUUCCCAGUCUAAAAAUAGAGGAGGCUUACGAUCAUAGCUUGUUCUUAUUUUGAUAUAUGAUGUGAUAAUGUGUUUGUUGUUGGUCUUGUACUUUCUAUAAUGAAAUUCAUUCAUAUGUUCAUCUGGAAUAUGCUUGAGAUGGGAAAAGCAUUGUCUUCUUGUUCACACGUGAGUAAUUAACUUUAAACGUUGGCCUUUUUGACAGUCAACGAUAGUUUCAUUUGUUA